AUGACAUAUUCCAAAGGAACCAUAAUAGGUAAUCUAUCUUUAAUCUACAUAUGUUAUAUUCUACCUUAAUUGCAAUCAUCUUCAAUUUGUUUUGAAAUAUUUAAAUUAAGGAUUCAUCUCAGAUCAGUGCUAAUUUUGCAAAUUGUAAUUUGUAAUUUGAUUGGAUCUAAAUUAGAAGCUGAAGAUGUGAGUGGAAUGAAUUUGAAUAGAGCAUAAUUAUUUAAUUGUAAGUGGAAUAACAUAAAAAUACCUGAGCUAAAUAAGUUAGAAGGCCAAUACAGCGGUGCUAGUUCAAUCUGUAUCUCUCCUGAUAGUAAUACGCUCGUAACUGGUUAUUCAAAUGGGUCUAUUUGUUUAUGGGAUCUUAAGACAGUAUAAUAAAAAGCAAAAUUAGACGCCCAUAAUAGUUGUGUAAGUUCAUUCUGUUUCUCUCCUUAUGGAACUAUAUUGGCAUCAAGUAAUUAUUAUGAGACUAUUCGAUUAUGGUGUACAAAAACAAGAAAAUCUAUUUGGUAUUUCCUUAUGCUUUUCUCCAAAUGGCACUACAUUAGGGUGGGGUACAAGUAGUGUCUGUUCAGUGUGCUACUCUCACCUGAUAGUACUACAUUAGCAUCUGGCAGUGCAGAUCAGUCUAUCCGUAUAUGUGAUGUAAAGAUAAGAGAAUAAACAGUAAAAUAAGAUGGUCAUAGUGAUAGUGCGAAUUCAAUAUGCUUCUCAUCUGAUGCUACUAUAUUAGCAACAUGUAGCUACGAUGCCUCUAUCCGUAUAUUGGAUGUUAACACAGGGUAGUAAAAAGCAAAAUUAAAUGGUCAUAUUAAUAGUAUUAAUUCAGUUUGUUUCUCUCCAAAUGUUAAUAUUUUGCAACUGGUAUUACAGAUAACUCUAUCCAUUUAUAUUAGUGAUCAAACAUGA